UGGGGGGCGGUCUUCAUGCAGUGACAGAGUUGUUCUUUUUCUCUCGAUGACAGGAAGUCUGACUUCACACAGACAGUGACGCUGGGGCAACUGGAGCAGGAUUUACCCCCGGUGACCAUGGAGGCAGAAUAUGAGCAGCUCUUUGACUUGAACUUCACCUACAACUACACUGACUGGGGUGACCUCUGUGACCUCGACCCUGACCCCGUGGAGGUCAGGGUCCAGAUUUACCUCCACUGCAUUAUCUGUGCCUUCGGUCUGGUCGGCAACGUUCUGGUUCUCAUCACCUACAUGUUCUACCAGAGAACCAAGACCAUGACAGACCUGUACCUGUUGAACGUGGCGGUGGCCGACCUGAUCUUCGUGCUGGCCCUGCCCUUUGUCAUAUACAACGAGCAGAACCAGUGGUCCAUGGGUGGUGUGUGGUGUAAGGUUCUGGGUGCGACCUACAGCAUCAACCUGUACAGCGGCAUGCUGCUGCUAGCCUGCAUCAGCGCCGACCGUUACGUCGCCAUCGUCCAGGCUAGGAGGUCUUUCGGGGCCCGCUCACACGCGCUGACGUACGGCCGCCGUAUCUGCUCCGUGGUCUGGGUGUUGGCGCUGGCCUUGACGCUGCCCACCCUCAUGUACACGGAGCGAUUCGAGGAGAACAAUCCUGGGGCGGACAACGCGGCGGUGAGGUGUCAGCUUCGCUUCGACAGGGAGGAGACGGCAAGGCUGAUAAAGGUGCUGGUUCCUAGCCUCCAAGUUGCCAUUGGCUACCUGCUGCCUCUAGUGGUGAUGGUGUUUUGCUACUUCAGCAUCAUCUACACGUUGCUGAGGAAACCCAUCAGGCGGAGACACCGGGCGGUCCACGUGGUCCUGGUGAUCUUUUUGGUCUUCGUGGCGUGCCACACUCCUUAUAACGUGGCGAUGCUGACGCACACGCUGCCGCUGUUCACGGAGAGGAGCUGCAGGGAGGAGCAAGUCAAACUCCAAGUCCUGGCUGUUUCCAAGAGCGUGGCCUUCCUCCACUGCUGCCUCAACCCCGUCCUCUACGCCUUCGUUGGCGUCCGGUUCAGGAGCCACCUACGACAAAUCCUGCAGGGAUUCUGGCACUUCAGGAAACAGUACCGGUACCCUGUGGCCCAGUCACGAAGAACAUCUGACCUUCGCUUCUCAGGUUUCAGGUCUUCAGAAGGAAACGGCAACAUGCUGCCACCUUGUGGGGAAGGGAUGGAUCACGAUUUUACCACCAGUCCAAACUGUGACCAAAUCAGAACCGGGUCAAAUCCAAUCACCAACUGACAUGGUCUGUGAACCUCACCAACUGACAUGGUCCCAUUUGUGUCCAGAAACACUGGACCAUCUCCAUUGAUCUGCUCUGGUCAAACUGGUCAGUCUGGUCUGGUCUGGUUGACCUGGUUAACCUGGUUGACCUGGUUAACUGUCAAUCUCAUAACAACAUAUAUAAAAAAAUCUGAAUCUGUGAAAACAAAAUUAAUAAAAUUGUUUAAAAAACAAAAAUAUUUCUUAUUUAAGUUUUGUAAAAGUGUAAACUGUCACCUGUUUCCUGCCUCCUUCUCUGUCGACAUGAAGUGGCACUCUACCGCCACCUUCUGGGUUUGUUGAUUACACAGAAGUGUCUCAUCAUUUCCCAGGAUUCUCUUGCAGUUUUAUUUAAUUCCUCCAAACGCUUUUAUUUAAAAAAUCAACUUGAAAAUCUGUGAAUUUGGGGGACUGGAUUUUUGGUUCUAGAUUCUAGCGCUGCCUCUACAGGUAUUCUAAGGAAUUGUUUCAGUUUUUUUUAGUUCUUGUUUUUAUUUGACAAAAUGACAAAUGUGUUUACAAAAACAGAUCUUCAUUAAAUCAAACUUGAUUUCACUUUUGUCAGAUUUCUGACGUGUAUUUUAAAUAUUUGACUCUUUCCUGAUGAACUGACGUCUGUGGUCAAUAAAGAAGGAAAACCAGUUUGAACCAGUUUGUAAUGAAAAUUAACUUCAUUAACUCAGUGUUUACUAACGACUCUGUCAACGGUCGACCUCAUCAGCUGGUCUCUGAUCACAUGACCGUGCUGUGAUGACAUCACAUGACUGUUAAUCAUUAGCUUUAUGCUAACGUCUGUAUCUUAUCUCAGAGCUGCUGCUAACCUUCCUGACAACAACAGUCCAAAGACAACGUCCACAGGUCAAUGGAACUUCUC